AUGGAGGAACUGAAGCAGCGGGGACGCAAGAGGGAAGGCCGUCACAGGGACACCUGGGACCCGUUCCAGCUGAACCCGAUCGGAGCCGAAAAAGAGAAGAAGAGAACACUCUUUCGAAUUCUGCAGAACUUGGUGGCCGUUAUCGUGGGCCUGCUCGUGUUGGUUAGCGGGGUUAUGAGCAAGGGCUCUCUGCUGGUUUUGACCACUCUGACCAGUCCAGUGUCUUUGAGAAACAAUGUGGACAAACAGUUCUACACGCUGAUGUUGAUGUGUGUGCUAGUGAUGCCAAACCUGCUGAUGUUCCUGAAGUCUCUGUGGAAGUGUGUCUUCAAGAGCUAUGUGGCCCCUAACCCAAGGACACUGGGAAUCAUGUGUGGGAUUGAGAGUCUGGUGGCCGUGGGGACUGCGAUCCUGGUGCUCAUUGUGAUGCCUAAGCUUGAUGUUCUCACAAACCUCAGCAUCCCCGGAGGCAUCUGCAUCCUUUCAGCCGUGCUUCAGAUCGCCUUCCGAUUGCAGACACAGAGCUGGAUGAUCCUGUACCCCAUAUGCUCCCUCAUCCUAGUGCUCAGCGGCUACGUUCUACUGGUGGUCGACUACUAUGUGAGAGAGUCCUCUUAUGUGCCAGGACAAGUAGAAGGUUGCUACAUUUAUGUAGGCAUUGCAAUUUUUGCAACGCUGCUGGUUUCUCUGAACUGGUGGGAGAACCCUUUUCAGGCCAGCACUAACAUUCAGGAAAUGCUCAGCGAACUGGACACUUUCAGAGAUGCCGUUUAUCUGUUCACCAGCCUCAUUCGAAUAGCGCUGACUUUGGGGGUGUACUUUCUGUAUUACUGCCUGAUUGCUGAGACUCCCAUUGUAUGGAAUGAUUUCACCAAAGCCAGUAAAGGCACAGUAGAGAUAGGCCUUGGGCUGUUUUCCCUGCAGGCGUUCUGCUCUGCUGCGUGCCACUGGUUUGGAGUCGUGGCCUGCAAGAUCCACGCGAUGAGAUUUGGUUUUGCUCUGCCUGUAUUGGACAGAUACCGAGGGGAUCCAAAGGAGGAACACAAGGAUUGCUUUGACUUUGAGUGCCAUAUUUAUGUUGACGAUGCCUUCAUGUUAGAAAAAGACACGGAGAGAAAGCUUGUCAACUCCUAUGUUUGCGACCUCAUACAAGGCUCUCUGCUGGUUUUGACCACUCUGACCAGUCCAGUGUCUUUGAGAAACAAUGUGGACAAACAGUUCUACACGCUGAUGUUGAUGUGUGUGCUAGUGAUGCCAAACCUGCUGAUGUUCCUGAAGUCUCUGUGGAAGUGUGUCUUCAAGAGCUAUGUGGCCCCUAACCCAAGGACACUGGGAAUCAUGUGUGGGAUUGAGAGUCUGGUGGCCGUGGGGACUGCGAUCCUGGUGCUCAUUGUGAUGCCUAAGCUUGAUGUUCUCACAAACCUCAGCAUCCCCGGAGGCAUCUGCAUCCUUUCAGCCGUGCUUCAGAUCGCCUUCCGAUUGCAGACACAGAGCUGGAUGAUCCUGUACCCCAUAUGCUCCCUCAUCCUAGUGCUCAGCGGCUACGUUCUACUGGUGGUCGACUACUAUGUGAGAGAGUCCUCUUAUGUGCCAGGACAAGUAGAAGGUUGCUACAUUUAUGUAGGCAUUGCAAUUUUUGCAACGCUGCUGGUUUCUCUGAACUGGUGGGAGAACCCUUUUCAGGCCAGCACUAACAUUCAGGAAAUGCUCAGCGAACUGGACACUUUCCGAGAUGCCAUUUAUCUGUUCACCAGCCUCAUUCGAAUAGCACUGACCUUGGGGGUGUACUUUCUGUAUUACUGCCUGAUUGUUGAAGCCGAUGCUCGCAUUAACUGGGAUGCUUUCACCAAAGCCAGUAAAGGCACGGUAGAGAUAGGCCUUGGGCUGUUUUUCCUGCAGGCAUUCUGCUCUGCUGCCUGCCACUGGUUCGGAGUCGUGGCCUGCAAGAUCCACUCGAUGACGUUUGCUUUUGCUCUGCCCGUGUCGUUAACUGGUCCAGCGACGCUAAUCCUGGGCAUGAUACUGUUCUUGACACAAGCUGAGAUGUUGGUCCCUUCCUCACAAACUGCUAGCUUAUAUAGCUCUGGCGACAAUUUUACAGUUAAAACUCCUUUCUGGCCAUUUUGUCACGAACUUGAAACUCUCAAAGACGUCAACACCACCCCAGUCGUGAUGCUGGAAAUUUCCUAUAGUAUCUGCAAAACGUCACUCAACAACCCGAACGCCAUGUGGCCUUUCUCCAUGCUGGCGCUGGAGGGGGUCUGCAUGUGGCUCGGCCUGGUCUCAUGCACAUAUUACGUGUGGAGAAUCAAGGUGCAGAGGAUUGAACGCACGUCCCAACUUUUCGUACGCCGCUUGUAUGAAUCCGCCUUCAUUGACCUCUCUAUGCUGCUGAACACGAAAAUGAAAGCGGUUCGUACGGCAAACAAGGAGAGGUACAUAUUACACCAUGAUGUCUAUGAAAUGAUACACAUAAUACAGUACAAGUGCAUGAAUUUAGUCAAAAUCUGA